AUGGCUAAACGGAACCUAUUGAUCAUCGUCAUCGCUCUUAUUGGAUGUAGCGUUAAUGGUCUUCAGAAUAAUUAUCAGCGGGAAAUUAAUAAUUCUCAUGAAUUGCUUAAACAUCUGGUGAACUAUUUAGCCGAGCUUAAAGGAGUGAAUUUGGUUGAACGAUCUGAGUACUUACACCACAUAAAAAAAUCCCCCUCCUUAUGCAUUGUUAGUAUUCACGAUGAAAAACAGAGAGAAAUACAGAGUACACCAUCUAAAAUAUGGCUUGAUGGUAGCCUAACUUCAUGCGUGAAUGUUGGUGUAAACAUUUCUUCAUUUUGUAAUAUUAAUUACAAAGUGCCAGAAUAUUUAGUGAAAACCUUAACUCUAACCUUGGAAUUCGUAGCAAAAAGUUAUGAAGUAUUAAGGCCUCGGUUACAUACCGACUGUUUCGCAGCAAUAAGAGAAAUUGUAUGUAAAGGAACUUUGCCAAAAUGUUCUCACGAUGGAACAGCCACCUAUCUGAAUUUUAGCAGUUCUUGUUCACACUUGAAUUCGACAUGCUUACCAAAUAUCAUACACAUUAAUGGUCAAUCUGGAAGUACAUUAUGCAGUGAAGCAGGCAAGCAAUAUACACUAAACGCUUGUCGCAAACCUAAGCUAACAGCAAUUAAUAAGGACCACUGUAGUCCUUUUAGUAAUGAAAUUACUUACCCAACAUGGUUAAUGGCCAGUUUAGCAAUUCAGGAGGCGACUGUUAAAAAUACAAAAACUUCCUUUGAAAGGCGAAAUGUUUCUACCGAUUGCAUUAAUAAGUGGGUAAAAUUUACAUGCAAUAGAAUUCCAUUUUGUAGUCUUGAUCAGACAAGUUUACACGUUGGUGUUAGCAAGCAACAAUGUGAAGAAGCGUUGACAUGUUUACCACCAAGUAUGGCAGCAACAAGAAGAGCCGGAAUGGAUUGUAACAGUUUUCCCGAUAGCAACAAUGCAGUGGUAGUUAGUAGCAGUUACUCUAUAUUAGCAAUUAAUUACAUUAACCUAUUUUUGGCCUAUCUAUUUACUUUAUUGCUAUUUUAA